GUCCUUGGGAGUGGGAUGCAAUAGUUCCCAAACAACUGUGUCAUUGCUGCCGCAGAUCAGGAACAAAUCGACCUAUCAGUCCUAAUCAAAUAGAAUAUAUAUGUGUUGAUAAAGUUUGCAGUGGAAAUUACAAGUUCAUUCAUGGAAAACUUGAAUUAAUCAGUGAAGCUAUUAUUGAGAUCUUAUGGGUUAUGGGAUACCACCACCACAUUCCUGCAUUCUCCACUGUGGUGGCUCUAUAUUUUCUAUCCCUUACUGCAAGUGUGAUUGCUGGUGAGGAUGUACUCACUAGUUGGACACAAGGUGAAUCAGGAUCUCUCCCAGCUUUAGUAUCUCCAGAUGACGCAGAAUUAGAGGAAGUCUGCAAGUGCCUUAGCAGUGACAGCUAUUCUCAGCCAUGUGCACAACUGGUGAAUUAUAGCCCAAUCAUCCGUGAUGGAACUUGCUUUGGCAACGCUGAUACUCAGAAGCGAGAUGUUACAAUGCAGAAUGAUGCAAGCUUUGGAUCUCCCCCAGCAUUUGUUGCGAAUAAAAAAUGUCAAGGCACAAGGAGCAUUGUAUUGUCUUCCUCAGGCACUGAAAGACAGCUAACCCUGACAACAGAAGGUUCUGUUCUCAUUUGUCCUGGCAGUAUUGACACAGCUUUGCAACAGCUGAAUGUUGUUGGUGUCAAUAAAAUAAUAAUUGCACCAGGUGCCUUCAAACCACGGAAUUCUAACAUUUUUCUUAACUUUGCAAAUGUCCGAGAAAAGAUCAUUAUUCCUGAGAAAGCAUUUUCUGUAAAAGUUGUUCCAGAAUCACCAGCUUGGGAAGAAGUAGAAAUUGAUAGCACCCAACCCCCUCCUAGAGUAAGGAUGGAUAUUAAUGCAGUUUCAGAAGUUGAAUUCAAAAGUCGUAGUAUUGUGGCACCCAUUGUGAAGUUGAAGUUAUCACAAAUUAAUAAUAUCAUGUUCAAUACAAAAGCUAUCAUACCAUACGUACACCCUGAGGCUUCAUCUUUUGAAAUUGGUAACUGCCAGUCAGUUGAAUUGGCCCCGGAAACAAUAAAUGCUGGAAAAUUUGAAGCAAAGUACAUAAAAUCACUGCUGAUGAAAGAGAGGGCUGUUGAAGUUGUAGAAGGCAAGGCAAAAGUAGAACACAUUGCAAAUAUGACCCUCCUGGAUGAAGCUCUUAGCAUAGGGUCUGGGGCUGAUAUAAUACUUGAUAACAUAACGCUAACUUCGGCAGGCAUUAGGUCUAUACAGGGUACAGGACCAGGUAACAUUCAUCGUGCUACCUUUUCACACGUGAAAGGCAAAAAACUGGAAUCUGUUGCAAUUUGUAUCAGGUCUGAAACUGCUCUAGUUUCCAGUGUAGAGAUUGCCGGUGGAGAUGGUGAGAUUGCAGCAUGCCUUCAAGGACAAGAAUACCAUGCAGAUGCAAUUCCUGGAGCUGUUGUUAUCUGCAAAAAAACUGAAAUAACAGCAGGCAUUUGUGAUGACCCACGUUGUGAGAAAUGUUCAUCUAAUACAGAAGGAACUGAAACACAAACAACUCUGAUACCAUCAAGUAUGACUACUACUCUUACAUCUGUAGCAUGGACUGAAGACCCAUUCAUCAUUUUGAACGCUGUUAAUGUAUCGUCACUUGUGACUUCUACAGAAACCUCUACAAUUUCACAGUUGACAGCCAACAUGAGCUCAACUGUGGAGGUAGUGAUUGUACCUGUAAGGACCAGUGAGAAAGAUGUUCUCGAUAUUCCCAGCCUCACACAUUAUGGAAAGCUAAAAGAUGAAUCAUAUGGAUCAGAUUCAUCUUUCUUAAAAAGUCUUAAGGAUACCCCAAUCUACAUAAUCAUAAUCUUCUUCUGCGCAGUAAUCAUAUUGAUCUUGUUCAUGACUUACAUGAUAUACAAAUGCUGCACUCAUAACAAGCAUGACAAGUACAAUUUGCCACAAGAAAAUAGGUUGUCUACUUUCCGAAACCCAAGAACAAUAACGACUCCUGAGAAUCUGACUGACCAGAAUAAUGCACAGAAAGCUAACAAUUUGAAUACUCCGGAAGUAUAUUCAACGUAUGACUCCUACAGAAGGCGACCUGCUGCAUUGUAUGUUGCCCAUUCAGAAACUCUUGAAUUUGGAGAUUCCAGUGGUUCCACUGAUGGUCAUUCUGUGCACUGUGAUGAAGUACCUAAUAACUGCAAAAUUUCUCCUGACUCAUCUGUAAACUUAAACCAUCAAGAAAAUCCACUCAAUAAUUUAGACCAUCACGAUUUUCCAACAUCUGAUAAAGACUUGCCAUCUGCUGAAAUAAGUAAUCAUCCAAAUGAAGAGGUACCUCUGGAUUUACCCACUGAAACCUGUUCGCCUCAUCCAUGUGAGCUGCCACCUCCAGAAGGAUAUCUUAAAUCAGAAGAUCAUGUUCCAAAUACCAUCUCAUCAACUUCUGAUAAUGAAUAUUCCCAAUCUGAGAAUAACCCUCCUCCCUCAAGUUUGCAAAAUUCGCCCACUGAUACCAGGCUAGAUCUUAGCUUAGAAGAGAAUUAUUUACCCAGAUGUAAUGAACCAGUUGACACUGAUGAGCAAACACUUGAUCAUAAUGGAAUUCCACUGCAAAACAAAUACUAUUCUAGUAUGGAGCUACCCAUGUAUGCACCUCCACCUGUACCAACAUUUGACAAGGUAGAAUCUGAUGGUGAUGAGCUGGUAAUAUAAUUUUUUAAGUGUUUUAUUUGAUUUAUAUACAAAUCAAAAUUUGACUGUGAAAUUGGUCUUUGGAACAUUGUCAUGGUGGUACACUCCUACAGACUUUAAGGAAAUGUGGAACAGAAAAAAAUAAAAUAUGGAAAAUUCUUAGAAAUGGGCUAUGGAAGAAUAGAUUGCGGAGUUCAGUUUGUUAAAGUCUGCAAGUCCACAUUUCUAGUUAAAACAACUGAAUGUAUGGUGCCACAAAAACCUUGACUGCUUUUGAUAAUGAUGAAAUAAAGUAAGAGUAUUGUAAAAGCAUGGCAGUGAUGGAUUACAGACAUUAAGUAUCUGUUAUAUGUUAUUCUUCCAUCUCAAUACUUACAAUUCCAUUACCCAAUAUGGGUAUGCAACUACAGCAGGCAUACAGAAUGUAAACAUAAGCUUAAUCUGCAAUUCAAAGUCAUUUGAAAAUACAUUAGAUUAUCUGAGAAUGUGCCGAUUAAUUAAACAGAAAAAAUUAAAUAUAUAUUUUAGCAGUAUGCUUAUUUACAUGACAAACAUGUAAACUCAAUUCAAUGAAUAGGCCAUUAUAAAAUAUGAUUAAAACUUAUUUGUUUAUUGAGCUCAAUUUUGUUUAACAGAACUCUCUACUUUAGUUUAUUCAUAAGUUGAUUUAUAAGUUGAAGUAGGCACUUUGGGAAAUCAAUUAGGAAAUAAUUUAUUUUCAAAAGGUUGAGUGACAGACAUAACUACUUUAAUCAAUUUCCUAAAUGGCUACUUCAUUUGUGAAGAAAUUUGAGUACGUAAAAGUUACCUCAACAAAAUUCAACUAAUAAAAUGAAAACACUAAAUUCUGUAUUGUUACUAACUUAAUGAAUAAAGAAUGUACAUAUUUUACUUCAACAAAGAGCAUAGUGGAUUUACUUCAUGGUCUGGUUAAACAAUGUAACAAUAAUAAUGUAGUAUAAGCAAAAACAGUUCAUAUUGUUUUAUUAUAAAUGUGUUAAAAACAAUAUGAUCUUUUACACAGAACAGAACUGAGCAUAUAUGGUAAGCAUACUGUUAGGUGAAAGAAAAUUACCUUAAAAAUUUUUCCACUUAUAUUCUCUAUGAAAAAUUUUUCCACUUAUAUUCUCUAUGACAAGUGUGUACAGUAAUGAGCAUCAUGUGAACUGAAAGGCCAAAUUGCUUCAAGAAAUUUUUAAAGCUAUCCUUAUGAAAAUUACUAGAUGGAAAUUUUGAGGAUAUUUGAAAUUCAAACUUGAACAAAACUUGAAAAUAAAGAACUAGACUAUAAGGCAUUCAAAUUUUCAAAGUACUUAUAAAUUGUAUAUUACGUGGACAACACAAAAAAGUGUAUACAAACAUGAAAAGUGAGAAAACAUCUUGUAAGCAGUCCUAUAUUACUUUGCAUAUAUGCAUUAUUGUCCAUGCUGCAUAUUAUGUCUACAUUGUUGUGGUACAUAUCGGUGCAUUAACACCUUAAAUUUAUAUUAAAAUAAACCUUGUUUACCUGUUUUAUACAUACAGGUGCAUAAUUACAAUGAUACCCAAUAGCAAUCUGUUUUGAUUAACAGCCUUUUCAGAUAGUCUACUACUUUUUCUCUC